AUGACAGAAAAAAUUCCCACAAAAUUUCUCCUUUUGUGCUUCCCUCUCUUAGCCAUUUUCUUUCCAUGCAAUGUUUAUUGCUGGUCCACAUAUGGCUCCCAAAUCAAAGGGAUGUUUGUGUUUGGGAGCUCUUUGGUUGACAAUGGCAACAACAAUUUCCUCCUCACACUUGCUAAAGCGAACUACUCACCAUAUGGCGUCGACUUCCCCGGUGGACCUUCCGGUCGAUUCACGAAUGGGAUGAAUGUGAUUGAUCUUCUCGGUGAGGAGCUUCAGCUUCCUUCUUUGAUUCCAGUUUUUUAUGACCCUUCAACUAAGGGAGGAAGAACAAUUGUUCAUGGUGUCAACUAUGCUUCUGGUGGCUCUGGUAUAUUAAAUGAUACUGGCUCAAUUGCGGGCAAUGUAGUGAGUCUGAAUGAACAAAUCAGGAACUUUGACGAGGUGACAUUGCCAGAAUUAAAAACUCACGUGGAUUGCAGGAGCACGGAUUUACUACACAAUUACUUGUUUGUUGUGGGAAGUGGAGGGAACGAUUACUCAUUCAACUACUUCCUGACACAGGCCAACGCCAAUGUCAGUGUUGAAGCCUUCACUGACAAUCUUAUCAACUCACUGUCUCAGCAACUCAAAAAAUUGUACAGUUUAGGAGGCCGAAAAUUUGUGUUAAUGUCAGUAAAUCCACUUGGGUGCAAUCCUGUGGCUAGGGCAUCUCAGCCAACGGGUCAAGACGGCUGCAUACAGGUUUUGAAUCAAGCGGCUCACCUCUUCAAUUCUCGGUUGAGAUUAACAGUUGAUUUUAUCCGGCCACAAAUGCCUGGUUCUACUCUUGUUUUUGUUAACUCAUACAAGAUUAUCACGGAUAUUAUCGGAGAUCCUGUUUCCAAUGGAUUUAAUGACACAAGGAAAGCUUGCUGUCAAGUUCUAUCUGUAAAUGAAGGAGGAAAUGGAAUUCUGUGCAAAAGAGGAGGACGAGUGUGUGCAGAAAGGAACAUUCAUGUUUUCUUUGAUGGGUUGCAUCCAACAGAAGCUGUGAAUAUUCAAAUAGCUAAAAAGGCUUUUGGUUCUUAUAAUAGAGAUGAAGUUUAUCCCAUUAAUGUUAGACAACUAGCCAAACUUUAGAUUUCUCCUCUCAGUAAUUCUGUUUGAUAUUCAAAGUUGCAGCAGAUGUUUCUGAUUUGUAAGGCUUUUCACAAUUUAAUUAAUUUGGUGAUGAUUCCAUCCUCUAGGUUUCAUACAUUGCUGUGUAAUG